UAAGCACAAUACGUCAAUGUGACAAAACAAUUCCUAGAUUUUACAUUAUUGUGGUGCAUUCUUGCUUUUUCGUCUUUUCAAAAUUUAUAAAGUGAAUUUAGAAUUUUAAUUACUUAUUUUUUAAAUGCAAUCAGAAAAGGAUGAAAAAAAGAAACUUGAAUGCCCUGAAUGCAACCAAAUAUUUCUAUGGAAAUCGCAGUUAGAUGUGCACUUGAGAAGCCAUACUGGUGAGAGACCGUUUCGAUGCGAUAUUUGCGGUAAAAAAUUCUCCCAGUCUUGGAAUUUAGCAAUUCACAAAAGAAUACAUUCGGAAGAACGACCUUUCAAGUGCAACUGUGGAUACGCUACAAAAAGGAAAUUUGAUCUGUUAUCACAUGUCAAACGAUUACAUCCACAUGCAAUCGCUUCUGACAUUAUUACUAUUCCCCGGAAAAAAUCGAAAGAAGAUCAUAAAUGUGACCAAUGCGGUAAAAGUUUUCCAUGGUUAUCCACUUUAACAAGACAUCUAAUCUCUCAUANAUAA